CCAACCAUUUCUGUAUACCGGUAAAUAUGAGAUUAAAAUCUGACAUGGUACACUCAAUAUAGUUUUCACAACGUAUUACAUUUGAUCACUAGAUUUGACCUUGACCUUAUACUUUAGACAUAGAAAUCAAAUGGCAGCUGAUCUCCCUAUCUGUCAUCUUCAAUGGAACUUUGUAUAUGGUUGCAUUGUUAAAUUUAAUUAACGAUUUUGACCUUAGCGUAUAACCUUUUGACCCGAAACCAAUACUAUACCUUCCUUGCUGUCACCAAUGCACUAUGUAUAAGACCGAUAGCUGGACUGUUGCGUAUUUGUUCCGGAUUCACGUACCCCCACACGCACAAACACGGACAAAUUACCAUAUCCUCUGCAAUUUUGUUGCGAGGGGAUAUGUAUCUGCGAAUAUUUAUGUUUUGUUCAAAUUUUGUUCUCGGAUGAAGCAGUGGACGAUGAGUAAAGUGAGAAGAGCAUUGUAUUGUGUUUAUUCACAAAAAUAUUUGGCGCGAGUUCAGGUGACAGUUUUCAAGUGUUUUUUUUUUAAAGGUUUUCUCUUUCCACUAUUCAUGGAACAGUCAUAUUAUUCUAACUCAUGCUUCAAAUCUGUGGGUUUCUAUGCGGUCAUAUUCAAUCAAUCAAACGAUUUUCCAGAUGUAUGCCUACACUAAUCAAUACAAGCAAUUGCCAAAAUCAUCGAUCUAAAUACAAUAUUAAACGGGUGUAGAGUGUCUGAGAAAGUAGACUUAGUUGGGAAGAUUUGUCGAUGCCUCCUUCGUUCAAACCGACAAAGGCCUUGGACGGAAUUGAGCGCCCCGAUCUGUUUAUUGAGCUGUCAGUGGUGUUUGCUUGCUGUACUAAUAUGCCAUUAGAGAACGGGGUAUCCCCACAUUGAGAGUGAGCGUCAGGAGUAUGACUUUAUGCACUCCAACAACAUAACGACGCUUACGGCGCCGUUUGGUACUAACGAUACCCCAAACAUAUCGUACAAAAUCAUAGGGGGUAAGCCCGUCCAUGUCAUAGAAAGCUUACAGCCACAGAGACUGCAGGAUUCUACUGUUUACACGGGACCACGGAUUCAUAAUUUAGACGGUGUUACAAUCAAACCAAACCAGGUGAAUCCAAGAGUUUUGAACGAGAAAGCCAAGGGAUAUUACAGUGCACAACAGCAUGAUGACCAUAACGAAGAGAAAUACACUGGGCUUCCAAAGUUAGUGACAUUGGACCAAUUUUCUUCUCAAGUUCACGGGAAACCCACAUAUUCAAACCCAGUAACGUACAGGGGACCGAGACCAGAUUCCAAAACACUAAACCCUUUCCCUAAUCUACCUCCAAUAGAGGCCAAUCGCGGCAAAAAUCAGAAAUCUACAGUUUUCGCAGAGAAGGAGGCUUGGAUUCCGUCGGCUGUUGGAGAACCAAAGCUAUCCACUCAAACGGAGUACAAACUUCAGUACGAAAACGGACGGCCUAACAGUGAAAGGUACGAACCCACAUAUCAAAAUAACAAUUCUGACUUUGUGAAUCAGAACGAUCCCAGGAAAGCCUACAGCGAGACCGGAGGCCCAACAAUGGAGAGGUCAUUCAAAGACUCUAUGUUGCAUCUAUUACCACCGGAACCAUUUCUACCCUCCGACCCGGUCAAGUACUCAAGCGAGCAGCGCCAGCGACUGCUGGAUCUUACCGCCGAGGAAAUGAGAGGAGUCUCCACCGACAGACUGAAGGGGGCAUACCAUCUCUUGUCCAGAAUUGACAGACAACUGAAUGGAUUUUGUCAGUUUGAAAAUGUGAAGGAAAUCCUGAAGCAGGAGAGGGCUGACCCAAGUGAGAGCACGUUGAGGCUUAUCGCAGCCAUGUGUGUGGUUCCAAAAGUACAGAAUAUGGUCAACUACGAAGACAUUAUUACGUUUCUGAAUGAAGCAGUCCGAGUAACACAGAAUGGCCCGUCCGACACUAGUCGACAUCAGUAUUUCAGGGACCAGAACGGAGGGUCCUCAGUUAAGCCCAUCUCAAUACCCAGAGAAAAAGAGACGGCGCUGCUUCUUCAUAAAACAGCUCAACAACUAGGAACCAGUAAAAUCAACAUAGAGACUCUUAUCAGAACGUUCCAGCUCUACGACCACGAGCGAACAGAAAUGUUGUCAGCCAAUGAGAUUAAGAACGUUUUAUUCGAUAAUAAAAUCCAGUUGUCUGAAUCACUUACCGACGAUAUCCUAGCAAAGAUGUCGGAUGCAAAUCGAGACGGCAAAUACAAUUGGAGACGGUUUGUGGACUUCCUCGAGCGCGUGCAGCCCGCGAGAACUGGAUUGGAAAUCACUUACAACAAACGACCCUUAGAAUACGCAAAACAGUUUCCCCAGCCAGUCGACUCCUGGCCGCGGGCGAGGGAAUCCCCCCGGUAUUCAUCGCCCCCUCCUGCCAAUAACUACCAGUAUGGAUCGAGGUCUCCACUAUCACCCAGAAAGAACACGAGUUACUCGAACAGUUCUCGAAUCGGCGGUCCCUCGGGCCCCAGCAAUGAUAUCUGGCGAAAAAUCCAGGAUAUCGAGGACGAAAUUAGAAAUUUAGAGCAAAAUAACCAGCCCAAUAAAAAUCGCCAAUCUGAGAAGGAUAUCUAUCAUCGCAUAGCUACUGUCCAGGAUGAGAUCAAUGACUUAGAAUUCAGCAAUAAGUUUUUAAAACAAGGUAUGGAAUCCAAUGCAAGGGGUGACUCCUGGGAGGCAAAGCUGAUACAACUAGGGGGACAGCUGUACAGGCUGAACGAGACGCGCUACAGGUCCAGUGGAGUCCUGCCAUUUGAGUUUAUUGUGGAUCAGACAACAAAGUAUAAUGAGAAUGCCAGAAUGGGUCUACCUUAUGACGUCAUAUACCGACUUGCUCAAAGAUACAGCAACGAUCGUAACCAAGUAGAUAUUGAUAGGUACCUAAACGACUUAGGAAACGAUAGAACUUGGUACGCCAAAUAACCUUUGGGAAGCUAGACUGUCAGUGCUGCCAAAUUUCUCAUUGAAUAUGUUUUCAUCACAUCUCUCGAUCGUCAUCCCCUGCAAACUUCACUACAAACAGACACCGUGUAUGUUAAUUUACUAAAUGCCAUGAUGUUUAUAAUCUCUCUCUUUGUAAAUUAACAAGUAUUUCGGAAUUUCGAAGUCUAUAUAUUGAAAUAAAAUGGAUUCAGAAUGCAUUUUCGAUGCAUAAUACUUCUAAUUCAAACGGAAGUUUAUGCAUAGUCGAAGAAUUGAAUUAGAUUCAUUUCUAAAUAUUAGACAGGUGUACUAGUUUCCAAUCAAGUUUUCUCGCGAUGUAACGUUUUGUAAAAAUAGAGACAGCAGAAUUGCCGAUGUAUUUAACACAAUACGGACACAACCCUUACUCUUGUAAUAGGGAAUGAAUCUUUACAAAAUCUUGUUUUUAAUUUCUGUGAUUGAUUUUUCCGAUAGACGUCCAUGUUUUAGACUGUGAUAUUUUUCUCAUGUUAUACUGUCUCUUCUAGUUUAGAAAUGUUGUGAAAGUUUAUAUAUCCCAUUGAUUAAUGUCAAAGAGCUUUAGUUUUUAUUUAUUUAAGUAAUAGCGGUUGUACAAGAAUUUGUAUGUACUGAGAUACACUUUACAUUAUGUUUCUAUUUGAAGCCAAUUGUUUCAGGGAAUGUAAACACGUGAUUUUGUGGAAACUGAUGUCGACAAAAUAGUUAUGAAAUACCUGCGAUGGUUUAUAUUUUUAUUGUCUUGUACAGUAGUUCAAAGUUCUGUGAUAUUUUGGAUAUAUUUAUACUAUCAUGAAUAUUUAUUGAAUAAAAGUUAGAUUUUACAUCAA